AUUUCAAUCAAUCAAUCAACGUGAAUGUUCAUCGGCGGGCUUUCUCUUUCGUACUUUGUGGGUGGUCUUAUACAAAUUUCAGGAAUGCAAACUUACGCAAACAAUUGCAGACAUGUCUUUUAAAGAUACUACGGCUAUUUUAAUGUGUAUUACUGUUUUGUGUUGUUGUAUUUUUACAUUAGGUCAGUUAGUUUUAUUUCUAUCUUCUCAUUCUCCAUUGAAACAGAACCGAUACCCGCCGUUUGUAUAUCUUGGAAAUUUGGAAUCCUUAUGGCUUCAAAUUCUGACAAACAUAUGCUUAGCAGGAUUUUUCAUACUGCAACAUUCUCUCCAGAGCCAUGAAUCAGUAAAACAGUUUUUGAAUGGCAAAGGUCUACAAGUUUUUGAGAGAUUACUUUACAAUUUGGGCUCUUGUUUUGCUUUACAGGUAUUGAUGCAACUAUGGCAUCCCACAUCUGAAUGGGUGGUGUGGGAAGUCUCAACAAGUGCUCACCCUGUUGCAUGGUGGAUUUUUACAGCUGUCCACUGUAUAGCAUGGCUUUUCAUAUAUGGUGGCUGCUAUGUCAUGGACAUCACAGAAUUGUUGGGAGCCAGACAGGUGAUCUACAGUCUCCAGGGCUGGCCAGAUCCGCUAAGUUUGAAGUCGGAAGGCCUGCGCCGCAUGUAUUCCCACAUGCGUCACCCCAGUUUCUCCGCUCUUGUCGUUCUGCUGUUCUUCCACCCCUUGAUGCAAAUGGACCGGCUCCUGCUUGCUUACGCUUUCCUCCUGUAUAUGCUGCUGGGCACUCGGGUGGAUGACGUGGACUACUGUUAUCAGCGGAGGAUGCUCCAGCGCAAGGAGAGGGAUCUCAGCUGAUGUACACGUCCGUGCAUGCACUGUAGAGCUCUGUUGGGUCCAAUUUUUCUCAACAUUUGAUUGUUUGGGAACGUAAAGAUAUGAAGUAUCUUUUGAAUUCCGUUGGGACCUCACAUGGAGUGAUGAAAUUGCUUCAAAAUGAGGAUAUGGAUAUCCAUAUAGUUAAGUGCCUGCAAAUAUUGGCUGUAGUGUAAUGCCUGUUGUCUUUCUUACUAAAUGUUUAUAACCAGUUGAUUACUAGCCGAAAAUGAUAUCAUCGAAACAUGGUGGAAAUAGAACAGUGCCAUAUAAUUAUUUCAUGUUUGAAAAAUCUAAUAAAAUAAUAGCACAGAGUAAUAACAGUAUUUUUAUUUUACCAUACUGCAUUUGAAAUUUCCUUACAAUAUUGGGUCCAUUUUUGAUCUCGUUUCUUUUUGAGAACCUUUAACAUAAGAAUUUUAUGAUUCUUUAUUGCCCCCUCCCCUCCAACCAUCAUUCGUUUCAUGUUAAGUAUAAUUUAGCAUUUUUAUUAGAACAUAGUAACUGCUUUGUAUAAUGUGCUUCAACUGUUUUGAACAGAAUUUCUUCAUACCUUGCGGAUAGUUCUCUGAGUUAUAUUAGAAAAGAUCGCAUUUUUAGUUUUUCUGUUAAGAAAUUUAAAUCCCAUAUUCUAAUCUCUUAUACGAAUUUAAAUAACGUGCACCCCUCGUACUAUACCCAAAAAAGAGGAGUUGUGAUCCUGAGGUUUUGAGAAGAUUGUAUUUUAACUAGCCACCUUUGGCGACCUAUUGGUUCUCCGUGAUUAAUGGUUGCUGAAAACUUUAAUUAUUUCCUCAGCAAAAUAUUUUUUUAAAAAUCGAGAUGUGCCCUUCAAAGGGAGCUCUGUAAUGUCUGUAGAGCGCAUCUCUUUAUUACGAUUCAUCUAAUAGAAAAAUGAGAAUUAGAUAUGCCCAUUGGUUAUACAAGAUAUGUAUGAAAAGUGCUUAAAUUUGAAAACUAUUUUUAAUGUGCUUAAUUUGGGCGGGGAAAUGCCUUUAGAAAAGUGCUUAAUUUUCUUGAGAAAUGUAAAGAAAACAUUCCUCUUCCCCUCUCCCUCCAAAAAAAAAGCUAACGCAUACUAAUAAAGCUUUGUUUACCCCUUCUCAAGUAUGUAUGUAAGAAAGAGGGAGGGAAGGAACCAACACCUAUUAAGAUAACGCUUCCUUUUCUUCGAUAAUAGGCAACUAAAAUGCAUGAGUGAAGGAACGAUACGAAAUACUGAAUGUACCAAGCAUUCCUUUAAUUUUCGAAUUUUUAAUCGAAAAGCAUUCCUUUAAUUUUAGGUGUGAUGAUUUAGCGAACAAGUACAGUUUGGUUCCACACAAUAAUUAAUUCAAAUCAGCUCAGUCGUAGUAGUAGUAAUCUGCAGUAAUACAAGGAUGUUCAAAUGAAAAGGUACGAAACGACAUUGUGAGUAUAAAUGAAGACUUUAUUCAAAGUAGACGCUAUAGGCCUAAGCACAACGAUCCCAUUGAUUAAGGAGCCGAAGGAUUCCUUGUUCCAGAAUUCCUGCUACCGUGACAAGAUAGUUAUUCACAACGUCCUUGAGUUCGCCGUCAUAGUUGAAGCACUUCUCUUUCAGAUGUUUUUUCAGGGGACCAAACACUUGAAAGUUUCCGGGCGACAUGUCCGAGCUGUAGGGUGGAGGGUUGAGCUGCUUCCAAUUGAACUUGGCCAGUUACGCGUAAGUGACCGUGGCGAUGUGUGGACGCGCGUUAUCAUGAAGCAGAACCACACCUUCCGUGAGUAGCCCCGAUCUUUUGUUCUUGAUGGACCUGCGUAGUUUUAAGUGUCUCACAGUAUGUAUUGGAGUUAAUGCUUCUUCUGUGCUCGGGGAAUUCAACAAGUAGCGGACCUUAGCCAUCGAAAACGAUGGUGAGCAACACCUUGCCUGCUGACGCCACGGCUUUGAAGUUUUUAGUGGGAGGUGACGAUGUAUGCUACCACUUCAUGCUGUCCGGUUUUGUCUCUGGCUCGUAUUGACGGCACCAGCUCUCAUUACAUGUGACGAUCCGCACCAGGAAAGCGAGGUCUUCAUGAUACCGAAACAAAUGUUGAAAUGAUAGACCCAUGCACAUUUCUUUGUGCUGGUCGGUCAGCUGCUUUGGAACCCAUUGCGCGCUCACUUUCCGAUAACGCAACCUGUCGUAAACAGUUGUCCACCCUGUUCCAACGCUGACAUCCACCUUCACCGCCAACAUUCGCAAUAUGACACGCCGAUCACUUCUCACUAGGUCGUCCACCUUGUCUAUGAGAUCGGCCGUGGUGACUGUUUUCCUGGCCUGGUCUCGGAUCAUCAACGAAACUCUUGCGUCCUGCCCGAAAACGGACACUCCAUUUUUCUCACUGACUUGUCUGACACACAGUCUUCCCCUUAUACGAUGACCAUCCGGCGAUGAAUAGUGGCCGAUGUAACACCUUCCUCAGUCAGAAUAACGCCGCGCUGCUCAAUCGUCGAAUUUUACAAUGAGAACGCCAUCCUGUCUUCACAUGCACUGCCACGUCAAUUAGGGGCGCUCUUUAUAAGAGCCCCUACUUUCUCCUGCGCAUACGGCCGUCCGCGUGGACUCCGAUCUACGCCGGAGACGCUAAUCGCAUCCCUAGAUGUCUUGCUACGUUCUCCCAUAGCGGCAUAGACAAAUAUAUUAGCGGUUACGAUGUUACGACGUUUCGUACCUUUUCCUUUGAACACCCCUUGUACUAUUGGUACUACGAGAAAUAUUAGAAAAAUGAGCAUUAAGAGCUCAAUCCCAAAUAAAGUGGUAUUGGAAACAAAUGUUCACAUUAUCAUUUAAAUUUCGCAAUAGCCGAAACAAACGAUUGUAAACUUUUCAUUAAACUUGACGAUUCAAUGAUAUUUUACAAUAAUAGAAUUAAACUCAUGUUCAUUAAAUGAAGUGAAAUUUAUCAAAUCAAGUGUUAAAGAAUUUUUCUAAACCAAAUUUAGAUUGUUCCUAAAAGUAGAAAUAAUAAUUAGUACCGGAGAGACCGAGCAUACCUCGGUAGUUUUUUGCAAAAUCGUGGUUUUUUUUUUUUUUUUUUUUUUUUU